AUGUCUCGUAUAGAAGACAAGAAAGACACAAUGGGAACGGGAUUUCGCAAAAUAGAUAUCGACGAAUUCAACGAAAAUAAUUUUAAAGAAGAAGAGGCUGAUGCUAGUUUGACAGGAACAACUGGAAAACAUGCUGAAGCUUUGAUAUCAGCGUUAAAAGCCGCACCACUAGAGUCUAAAAAUCAACAAGUUAAGGAUAACGCAAGAAAUGUAACACAAAAAAUAUUAUUAAGUAUAAAAUCAAAUCAAAUGGACGACGUUAUUGCUCAAUUGGAUAGAGAACUUAUGGAUGUUUUGAUGAAAUACAUUUAUCGUGGUUUUGAAAUACCAUCUAAAGACAGCAGUUCACAUUUAUUAUUGUGGCAUGAAAAAGUUUACAGUAUCAGUGGUAUUGGAAGUAUUGUUAGAGUGUUUACUGACAGCAAAAGAGUUUAA